AUGACUAUGGAACGGCCCAUACUUAAAGAUAGAUGUGAACACGGGAGCCCAGACGAGAUCGAGUUGGAGAGGUUCCAGACACCGAAAGAGCAGCCUGGGUCGGAGCAACACCAUGUAUACCAGUCAAGGGAGGAAUCAAAUCUUCUUUUUACAUCACCAUCAUCACCAGACAAAAAUCCACGAUUAUCAGCAUCAACAAAUUCAACCCAUCACCAGGAAAGCAGACCAAUGGGCGCACAAACACUUCGCAAGCGGCCCAAGCAUCUACGAAAGGGACUCAUUGCAAAUUUAUCAAGAUGGUUCGCCUCAGUUCUCUUCGUUAUAGCCAUCUACGUGGUGCUCUGGCACUUUUCCCAGCAAAAUGUCAUGGGGACAGGGACGAAGAGAGAGUUUAAUGCACUUAUCAUUGGCCUUUCUCUCGGUCUCGGCAUGAGUAUAACCAUAUCUCUCGAGGCUAUGGCCAAAGAAAUUAGGUGGUGGAUUCUCGAGCUUCGAGAAUGGUCAAAACGAGAAACUGAGCUGAUCCUGAAGGCCAAAGAUUUGACCAAGGUUAUCCAGCUCACUUGGGAAACUGGCUCGCGUUCCAUACGGAUUUACGCCAUCACUUUCGUUCUACUCAAUCUUGUGUCCCAAAUUGCUUUGGCUAUGUUGGGCCUGAUUUACUCCACGAACACAGCUGACUCGGCUGCGAUUCUCAAACCUGGCAACGUCACAGUACCAGACUUUUCCGAUUUGGAAACAGCCAGGGUUCUAUCUUCCAAGUCCCAAGCCUUGGGCGCAAUGCGAUACACUGCAAAUAGAUUCGUCUUCCAGGAGUGGGCGUCAAGGCCAAAGAAAUACGAUUUAGUGGUGAGCACAAAUCGCACCGUCGAUGCCACAGGAAACUGCCGUAGUUGGAAAGUCACGAAGGGAGGUGGUGGAAACGAGAUGAGCAUCACGAUAGCAGACGACGACCGGACCGAGGUCAACAUCACCGCGAUGAACGGCGUCAACCAAACAACAUUCAUGUUUGAUGCUGCAAAAGAUCAGGGCGAGACAUGGAGCGAAAUCGCAGCCUUCGAAGCCUCCGAAACGAGUCCAUGGUUCUACCGCUGCAACAUUAGCUUUGGGCCUGUCCUCAACGCCUAUCGCAAAGAGCACGUUCUUGGUGUCAAUAUCACCUCCUUGGCAUCAUCAGCAAUAGCUCUUCAAGGAUAUGGAGCUUCUUCACUGGGCCCCACCAACAGUAAUCGACAAUUCCAGAGUUACCCUGCCGAGUCAACAUAUGGAGCACCUGCGAAUGGCAAUACGGAUAAGAUGGGGGCACUGGUAGCAGCCUUUUCGGCGGGUGUUGUAGCUGUCGUUGGCCAAGCCGCCAGUACUCUCAUCAUACCGGGACUUCAGCCCCAGAACGGAGUUGUGCUCGAAGUAUCAAAGUGGGCGUACGUCCAUCUCAUUCUGGGACUGAGUCUAGCCGUGCAACUACUUCUGGGUGUUGGGGUUGCAAUACUGGCAAACACAUAA